GUCUUUUUGCGCUGCUUCGUGUAUAGGAGCCUUUGAACAGCUUUGAACCUGAAACUCCCCCAUUAGUACAUCGUCCUUGAACCAGCAUGGGCAUGAGUUACCGUCGUUACCUCGCAGGGGCCCGCGUAUACGGGUGCUCAAAGUGUCGCACACACCUCGCGACUAUUCAUUCUAUGAUUUCUCGAGCGUUCAAUGGUCAGCACGGCCGCGCAUACCUGUUCGAAGAUGUCGUGAACGUGGUUGAAGGUGAACCGAACGACCGCCAGAUGACCACAGGCAACCACACCGUCCGUGAUAUCUACUGCUGCAAGUGUCAAACAAUCCUCGGCUGGAAAUACGACAAGGCAUACGAGCCCACACAGAGAUAUAAAGAAGGAAAAUUCAUCCUCGAACGCAAUCUCCUGGUCGACGUGCAAUAGUCGCCCUCACCGUCUUCCGCGCACGUUCCUCCGUAUACACUCACCGUCACAGGCAUCAGGCAUCAAGUAUAUAUCUAGUAAUGGCAGGCCGCACGCGGCCAUCCCGAUUCCGAGCAUUCGCAGCGUUUGACGUAAAGCCCACCGUCGCACGCAGUCGUCACGCUCUCAUUCACACCGCGCUCGUGCAUCUUGCGUCGCGCAACGCAUAUCGCACGAUCGCACCUUUGCACCUACAAACUCAUAUUCCCCGUGCUGCACGCCCCACCUUCACUCGCAUGCGGCAAUCUCGUUGUCGAAUCUUGUUGAAGAACCAUAUAGAUUCAGAGCUACUCGGGGUUGGGUCUGGGUGGGUACAUGGUUAGAGAGGCCACGUGGUUCGAUCUGUCCGUCGGCCGCAAGGCACCGUCGUUCCAGUCUCUCACUAACUUCCGCAGCAUGGGGUCUUGCUCGGUUUCUCCUUGCUCUCCCCGCUCUCCCCUUCUAACGCCGCCUUUUUCGCAUCGCCAUCUAUGGAUGAUAUUCCUGGUCCCCGAUUCAUUCCGUUCUAUCCCAUCCCAUCUUCUCCUUCGCAUUUGCCAUCCUUCCAUGUAGAAGCUCCUUCCGUCGGCACCCGUUCGUUCCCCACGCGGGUUGCUGCGUAUUCGUUUCGCACUCGAAUAUCUCCCGGCGCGGCCCAUCACAUCAUUUCCCGCCUUCCAGAAUGCUCGUCUCCCAUCACCAUUAAUUUAAAUUCCAUUUCCUUUCCAUUUGGUUUAUAUUUUUUAUUGGUACGCGAGCAUCUGUUGUUAUCCUCUUGUUCCCUCAUUUCUCUCUCUUUCUUUCGCCCUCAGACGCCAAUGGCGUGUUUCUUUGUGCGUUGCCCACUCGGGCAACACAAUAAAUGAAUGGAUGUACGUUUAGAUUGUAUCUAUGUGGGCACGAUUACGGGUCCUCAGUUUGUGCAAAGAACGCGAACGGGCGUAUGCGUCGACUUU